AUGGUUAAUGAAGUGGUGGGCAACGGGUCGGCCAAUACUGGCAGCGCACCGGUGGUUACGCACGUGCCAUAUAAACCAACCAUCCGAUAUUACCAGCUCAUAUGGAUGACCAUGAGUGGCUCCCAUAGGCUAUGGUCGCACCGGGCAUACAAAGCGAAACUCCCGCUACGGAUAAUACUAAUGAUAAUACAGACACUGGGCUUUCAGAGCAAUAUAUACAAGUGGGCGCGCGAUCACCGGCUACACCACAAACACUCGGACACCGACGCCGACCCACACAAUUCGCGCAGGGGCUUUUUCUUUUCGCACGUGGGUUGGCUGCUAUACAUGAAACAUCCCGCCGCGUUGGCCCAGGGCAAAACUAUUGACCUGUCCGACCUACUGGCCGACCCGGUGGUACGUUUCCAGAGCCGCUAUUUCACCUGGUUGGUUAUUUUCGUAUGGGGUUUAAUGCCUGUAUGUGUACCCCAUUGGCUGUGGGCUGAGUCCGUGUCCAACGCCUGGUUCGUGUGCGUUAUGCUUCGGUACGCCAUAUCGUUGAACACCACGUUUCUCAUUAACAGUGCCGCCCAUAUGUAUGGCAUGAAGCCGUACGACAAGAAUAUAGCGUCGGUUGAGGCAAAUGUGCGACAAUUUAUGGUCGGCGAAGGCUUUCACAACUAUCACCACACGUUUCCCAACGAUUACUCGGCCUCAGAGUUGGGUGCGAUCGACUCAUUCAACCCGCAAACGGCAUUCAUAGACAUGUUUGCGGCCAUCGGUUGGGCCUAUGAUCUCAAAAAGCCGUCCAUAGAUGUUGUGAAGAGUCGUCGGAACAGAAGUGGUGACAAUCAUUACAAGCCGUUUAGAUGGUGGCUAUCGGAGCAUAUCAUCGGUAUAUUAGGC